UGCACGGUGAGCGAGCGACGCCGCGGAGGAGAAAGACAACGCAGCGAACAAAACACACAAUGGCGACGGCGGCGACAACGGCAGGCGGAACGGGCUCUGGCGGACCGGCCACUGGCCCAGUCGGCGGCGGGAUCGCAGUGGGACGAAAGAAGGACGGCGGUCCGUCCACAAAAUUCUGGGAAAGUUCAGAGACGAUAGCCCAGUUUGAGACGGUGCGGCAGUGGAUCGGGAAGCACUACAAGAAGUAUGUCCAGAAUGACUCACCCUCCAGUAAAUCUUUGGCGGGACUGGUGGUUCAACUUCUGCAGUUCCAGGAGGACGCAUUUGGGCGCAGGGUCAACAAUCCUGCUCUUACCAAGCUACCUGCCAAGUGUUUCUUGGAUUUCAAGGCAGGAGGUGCUCUGUGUCACAUCUUGGGGUCGGUCUACAAGUUUAAGAGCGAGCAGGGGUGGCGCAGAUUUGACCUGCAGAAUCCUUCCCGGAUGGACAGGAACGUGGAAAUGUUCUUAAAUGUGGAGAAGAACUUGGUCCAGAACAACUGCUUGACUCGGCCCACUGUCUUCUUGUCUCCGGACAUCGAGCAGAAACAAGCCAGUAAGCUUAAAGACAUCAUCAAAAGGCACCAGGGCUCCAUUACUGAUGAUAAGUCAAAGGCCACCCACCACAUUUACCCUUCGCCAUCCCAACAAGAAGAAGAUGAGUGGCUUCGUCCUGUUAUGAGGAAAGACAAGCAGGUGCUGGUGCACUGGGGUCUCUCCCCAGACAGCUAUGAUACCUGGGUCUCAGCCAACGAGGUGGAUGGCGACGUGGAGGACCCACCCAGCACUGACAGACCAUGGAAGGUUCAUGCCAAGUGGGUUUUAGACACAGAUGCUUUCAAUGAGUGGAUGAAUGAAGAAGACUACGAGGUGGACGAGAACAAGAAGCCAGUCCACUUCCGCCAGAGGAUCUUCCCCAAAGAGGAGGAGUCUUCCCGUACACCCGAUCGCAAGGAGCGCAAGGCCAACUCUGCUGGCAAGAAGAGGAGGCGUUCGCCCUCACCGCCCAGCACCCCUGCCGAAUCCCGCAAGAAGGGGGGAAAGAAGGGGAACCCGGGGCCUCACUGGAAGCGAAGGGGUCACAGAGGCGAAGAGGAGGACACGGAGGAGGACAUGACCAAGGACAUGGACGACUCCUCAGCUGGUGCCAGCAUUGAGGAGGGCAGCAUGUCCAAGAAUGCCAACUCAAAGAAAGACAGUGAGAAUACUCCAGUAAAAGGAGGGAAUGUGGCCGACUUGGAUGACAUGGAAGAUGACUCGGUGCUGUCUGGUGGAAAGGAUGAUGAGGAACAGAGCAAAGCUGAAAUCAACCGCCUGAUGGACGCUGGCGAGGAUAAUGUGACUGAGCAGACUCACCACAUAAUCAUCCCCAGCUAUGCUGCUUGGUUUGACUACAAUUGCAUCCAUGAAAUUGAGAGAAGAGCCCUGCCCGAGUUCUUCAAUGGAAAGAACAAGUCCAAAACUCCAGAGAUAUUUCUUGCCUACCGUAACUUCAUGAUCGACACGUAUCGGCUAAACCCCCAGGAGUACCUCACAUCCACCUCCUGUCGCAGGAACUUGACCGGGGAUGUCUGUGCCAUCAUGAGGGUUCAUGCUUUCUUGGAGCAGUGGGGUUUGGUGAACUACCAGGUCGACGCUGACAGUCGCCCGUUGCCCAUGGGCCCCCCACCCACACCCCAUUUCACCGUUCUGGCUGACACACCAUCUGGCCUCAUGCCCCUUAACCACCGACCCCCACCGAUUCCCCCUCCGCAGCAAAUGCCCAACUUUGCAGACAAAGGCAAAGACAAGUCCAUCGACCUGCAGAACUUUGGCCUUCGCACCGACCUCUACAACAAGAAAAACCCCAAGGUUAAAGCGGUCAACUCCACCAGGGAAUGGACCGAGCAAGAGACACUACUGCUGCUGGAGGCCCUGGAGAUGUUUAAGGAUGACUGGAACAAAGUGUCUGAGCACAUCGGUUCACGCACCCAGGACGAGUGUAUCCUGCACUUCCUGCGGCUGCCCAUUGAAGAUCCAUACAUGGAAAGCACAGAGGCCUCUCUGGGCCCUCUGGCCUACCAGCCCAUACCCUUCAGCCAGUCUGGAAAUCCUGUCAUGAGCACAGUAGCCUUCCUGGCCUCUGUGGUUGAUCCCAGAGUGGCGUCGGCUGCAGCCAGGGCAGCCCUAGAGGAGUUCUCCCGUGUGCGUGAGGAGGUGCCGGCUGAGUUGGUGGAGGCUCACGUGAAGAAGGUGCAGGAGGCGGCCAGAAGCACAGGAAAGGUGGACCCUGCCUUUGGCCUGGAGAGCAGCGGCAUCGCUGGCACCGCCCCCGAGGAGCCAGAAAAGACUGAAACCACAGAGGCAGAGAAGGUUGACACUGACACAGACUCCCAGCAGGCUGAUAAGGCGGAGUUAAAGGACGAGGCAGAGAAGCCAAGUGAGUCUGCAGAGAAGAGCGACAAGACCGAGACCACAGAGAAGGUGAAGAAGGAGGGAGGAGAGACUUCGGAGCGCGAGGAGGAGAACGAAGAGGGAGGGGAGGCCAAGACAGCUCCUGCAGACAAAGACAAGGAGGAGGCAAUGGAGACAUCGUCCUCAGAUCAAGAGAAGGAUAAGGAGGAGAAGGCAGCUACAGACGAGGCAGAGGACAAGAGGAAGAAACUGGAGCAUGACAUCGAAGAGGGCAACAUUGCCACUGCAGCUGCUGCAGCCCUGGCAUCUGCUGCCACCAAGGCCAAGCACUUGGCGGCGGUGGAGGAGAGGAAGAUCAAGUCCCUGGUGGCUCUACUGGUGGAGACCCAGAUGAAGAAGCUGGAGAUCAAGCUGAGACACUUUGAGGAGCUUGAGACCAUCAUGGACAGAGAGAAAGAGGCCUUGGAGCUUCAGCGGCAGCAGCUGCUCACCGAGCGUCAGGCGUUCCACAUGGAGCAGCUUAAAUACGCAGAGAUGAAGGCGAGGCAGCAGAUGGAGCAGCAAGCCGCUGCCGCGGCUGCGGCUGCCGCCCAGGCUCAAGGACAGGCUCCUGGAUCUGGACCCCACCCUGGGCCCCCUCCACCUGGCAUGCACCCUGGAGGGCCCCAGCCACACCACGGAGCACCAGUUCCCCACCACGGAGGGCCACCACCCGGUGGUGCCAUGCACCCCGGCUACCCCCCAAUGGGUCACCACCCCAUGGCCCCUCACCACCCAGGACAGACAGGACCAAUGGGUCCAGGCCAGCCAAUUCCAGGACGUAUGAUGCCCGGCCCACCCUCUGCGGGACCCCCUCCUGGCGGCAUGCCUCCCAUGAUGCCCCCACGCCACCCUGGAGCUCCCAACGGCAUGUACCCCGGCCCACUACCUGCACAGCCUGAAGCCGUACCCCCAGCAGCUGUGGGUCCUCCAGCGCCCCCGAGUGCACGGGUGGCUGACAAUUAAGACCUACACACACAAAAACUAACUAUCUCUGAAGCUCAGCCCCUUUUUGAUGGCCUUUGCUACUGGCUUGGUAUUUUUCCCUCAACACUCAAACUACCAUACAACUUUAUCACAGGACACACACACACACACACACACACACACACACACACGCACACUCAGGGUUCAGUGGCAAGGGUAACCCAACUUUUCUCACACACACACACAAACAUCCAGACUUCCUCUCAGGGCACAGCGGCAAGGGUCGUCUAGUAAUAAACACUGUUUUUUGCUCCGUUGGGCCAGAUGGAGGCUGGAGAGAAUGACUCUGUGUACAGAUAACAAAACAAGGAGACAGAGCAGCUCUUUUCGGGCUUUAUUCUCUUUCCAAUGCUGUUUUAAAUAACACUGUAACCGCCUCCUGUCUCUUUAACAUACACACACACACACACACGCAUACACCCCCCCUUCUUCUUGCCUGGUGCCUCUUUCGUCAAGCCAAACACUAGGGGGAGUUAGUGAGACCAGAGGGCCAGUCAGACAUGCAGGUGUGUGUGUGUGUGCAUGCUGCGCAACCUGAGCUGUAACACACACGAGGCAAGCAGAUUAUUCAGAUUAUGAUAUGAAUAAAACACACGCCGAGGGGAGCCAGCUUGCCCUCACUCUUGUCGAGUAUCUACCUCUCGCUCCUCUUUAAAUGAUACACUGUACUUCUGUCUGUGUGUGUCUGUGAAUCGUGUGUCGGCCUCCUCUGACCACAGUUUGUUCCUCUUAUGUAAUCUUUUGGAAUAAUGAGUAUCAUUGAGUUACAGAAAUACAAAAAUAAAAAAAUACAAAUUGGAGAGAAUAGACAGGUCACCAACAAGACUCUUCUGUCUUGCUGUUACACAAAAUAAACCCUAAUGUCCAUAAUAAAGUAGUUUUCUGUUUGACAAAAGGUGUCUCCCUUCUUUAACCCAAACACAGAAACUACUGGAAGUAAUAUUUGACAAAACGGGAUGGAAUCUGUCAAAAAUUGACACAACUUGAUGCAUUUUGGCAGAUCAUCUUCAGAAACUGGCUUUUUUCCUGACUAAAUUUAAAGGAUUAGGUAGUUUUUAUGUUCUAUUUUCUUUCUUUAUUGUCAACACAUCCCAUGAAACUAAAAAUCCAUCUCUGAAUACUUUCUGACUUCUCUACAUUGUCUCUGGCGCUCAGCUCCAAGCCGAAAGAAAAUCUUAUGUCAUAAAUAAAUAUAUCAUUGUGUUUUUCUUACAUGGAUCAGUAGUUUCCCAAACAGCUGGCCACUGUAGUUUUUAAAAUACAUUACUCAAACACGAGUAAAAAGUGCCUUUGUUUGGGACUAUUUUUAGCGGCAGAUAAAUGAACAUUUAGUGCUCUAGUGAAUAUUUCUGGCAACAGGGUAGAUUUACUCAAAAUAAAUCUGUGUAUGUGUCGUGGUAAUGAAGGAACAUGUGACCCAGUGCAAAAAAAGUGGCACGUUGAUGUGUUAAUGGAGCUCUGUGGCACAGAGGAAUAAGAUUUCUCAGACUUACAAUACUUGCUGGGAGGAGAAUUUCAUGGUUUGUUUUCAUCUUUUGACUGGAUUUGUUGACAGUAAGGGGAAAAAAUACACAAUAUCACCAGAUGUAUCUUUUAAACAUUAAUGCAAAAGACUCUGAUUACACGAGGGGCACAAAAAUGGACAGACCGCUUCUUUCUGCCCACACCAACCACAGCACUGUAACACACAAAAAUGUAAGCUAAGCUGGGGCUCUCACUGGAGGCUGCGUACCCCAACCAACUUGGCCAGACCCUGCCACAAAGCACUGGACAACAACACCCACAUAAACACACGCAUGCAUAUAAUCUCCUGCUGACCUUCACACAGCCUUUACAGAGAGGGAGACGCUGUGAUGCGGCUCGACUGAAACAUCAGAACAUGGACGAUGCUCUUCCUCGGCACGCUGGGCUUCUAGAUGUUUUUAGGUGCUGAUACUGUAGCGAAUAAACCCCGCCCCCUCCUCCGCUCACAAUGUCCUAACGCUUAGUGCUGCCUACCUCACUAACCUCACACACACGCGCACACACACCCCUCCGCGCACAUGACAUGUUUGCUUUUAAGCCACUGGCUAUAGGAAAACUAAGCAAGAUCCUCAUUCCUGUGGAUCCACUUAUUUGUGGUCAGUCAAUCAUUGUCCUCAAAUCCUCUGUGUGUCCUGUGAUGUGGCAGAAAAUAAAAAGGUGCAUAAACGAGGGAAAGACCACAGAACAUUUAUUUAGAGCUGACGUAAUUGGUAAUCGAUCAGUCGACCGUAUAAAAAUAAAUUGGGGAUUGUUUGCCUAAUUUUUUUUUGUCAAACUUUCUCUGGUUCCAGCUUGUGAAAUGCAAAUAUUUGCUGGUUUUCUUUGUCCUUUGUCAGUGGAAACUGAAUAUCUUUGGGUUUUGAACUGCUGGUCAGACAUAACGCAUUCAAAGACGUCAUGAGCAUAAAGAGGCGCAUUUUCACUUUCUCCUGACGUUUUGACUAAAAUAGAGAAAAUAAUUGUCCUUAUUUAUUUUCAUUAUCAAUUAGUAGUUUAGUCAAUAACAUGUCAGAACGUUGCUCGAGUUGUCCACCCAGCAGUGACAAAACCGAGAGUGGCAGCAAAUCCUGAGGUUUAAAGCUGGAACCAGCAGAUAUUUGCUGUUUUUGCUUGGUGAUCUAUUAUCCAGAUUUGCUGUUGACUAAUUCAUUGAAUGAGAUUGAAAAUUCAUGAUCCCUGGGGGAAAAACUGUUUGCUAAACAGCCUCACAAAUUCUGUAAGUAGCUGUUCUGGAGCUUUUGUUUGUGUAACACUGCAUUUUAACAACUUUUUGUCCAUGUUUGCUUAAAGGUUCAGACUGAAAGUUUAUUUUCGAGCUACACUUCCAUCAAGACUGCUGAGGAAUACACCAUGUGACACAGUCAAAAGCUCCAGAACAUCUAGUAAGGGACUUUUUGACAAGAUUGGUUUGCAAACUAAUUGUUUUCAGUCCUACAAAAUAUAAAAAUCAAAACAUCUCUAAUUAUAUUCACUGUGCAUUUCUCAUUUGACAUGCUUGACAUUGAGAUUUAAAGGCAAACUACUCUGACAAAUCAAAUACUGAUCUGAUCUUGAGUUGCUGUACAUUCCUGAGUCCCUGCUCAACAUCCUGCACCUUUCAGUCAACACACUAGUAAAAAAUAAGUUGGUUUUAAUGUGAAGUCUUAACUCAAACGACUCCUCUCCCCCUUCUCUAGCACUGUUAGUAUCUCUGCUACCUCUUCCUCCUUCAUCCGCUAGCUACCUCUUCUAGAAAUCUUCCUGUCCCUAUCUGCUACCUCUCUGCGCGCCCCUUCGCUACCUCUCGUUCCCAUUUCCGUUCUUUUUAACGUUUCUUUUUCCUGCCCAUGUGACUGCUGCAUCACCGACUGUUGCCCUCUUCUCCCAGUCUUUUGGAAAACACACGUACAGUCAUUCACUCAUGCUUUCACUCACAGCGCCCUCCUUUCCCAUUAAACAUCUUACCAGGCUUGUUAUGUAAUAUCACUUAAAUAUGACAGGAAUCCCCCUUACAUAUAUUAUCUUUAAUCGCUACUUUUUUGUGUUAAUGGUAAUGUAUUUUUAAGGAGAAGUUUUGUGUAGAUGGAAGUUCUCUGUUCUUUGGAAGUUUGUAGCAUUUUGUUUUCCUGUUUUUUAUUUUGUAUGGGGUCUGUUGGUACUUGGACCUAGACACUGUCGAAUAAACUGUGUUUUGUAUGAA